AUGUCGGGUCUUCAAAUCCCGAGCGUCACACUAGAAGACCUUGAAGCUUUCCAAGCAAAACAUUUCCCUGGAAGCGCCCAAACCCCCGCGAUUCAGGGCCCCUACGACGAAACAGUAGACCACCAGCUCGAAGAAUACGAAGAUGAAGAUGAUCUCGGGUACUACCCCGACGGGGUGAAGCGUACUUUGACGGACGAGCAGAUCAGGAUCUUCAGACAUAGCGAAAUCCACUCGCUGCUUCGUGAGAAGCAGCUACGCGAGGAGGCUCUUCUCGAGGCAGCUGAGGAGGAAAGAAGGGAGGAGGCAGCUGAAACGCAGAAGCCGGCUGCGUCUGACGCAGACACCGCGGUGCCUACGAAUAAACACGAGCGUACUGAUGGCCAAGAGGCUUCGGAUUCUCUUCUAGACUACGGUGAGGAUGCGCCCGUCGGCAAAGCGCAGAAACGUGCUCGGCCGGGAUAUGCACCUCCGUUCGUGGGGCGGAAGAUCAUCUCGUAUGACGACUGA